CAACAAAAGUGUGUUGUGGUAGAAAACCUGCGUGGCCGCCGGAUUUCUUCGCAGCUUCGACGAAUUGUUCCGGCCUCUUUUGCUAAAAUUGAAAGAAUUCCUAGUAAUAUUCUAAUUGACUUUUGUUAAAUUGAAGGAACAAUAACUCAGAAACCAUGGUCGGAGAAAUUCCCGAACGGCUCCAGAUUGGGCCGAAGGAUGGCGUCAACUAUCCGCUCACUGUCCAGUACUGUGGCAACUGCUCGAUGCCGCUGGAGUACUGCGAGUACUAUCCGGAUUACGAGAAAUGCAAACAGUGGCUAGGAAAGCACCUACCAGACGAGUUCGCGCGGAUCAAACUGGGAGGAUCGGUGGGUGAUGGUACCGGUUCCGCUGGUGGAGCUGACGGAAAGGGUGGUUCUGCGGCUCCGGCUUCAGCCGAUGGCGAUGAUAACGUAGCUGGAGGUGACGAGGACAAAAAGCGACAGAAGCGAGGCGGUAAGGGUAUGAUGAAGACAAAAAAGGCUAAGGAUGAUGGACCGAAAAAGGUAUGUUUGUCACGGUCCGCUCGUGGUAAAAAGAAAUCGGUGACCGUAGUCACUGGUUUGGCCACCUUCGAGAUUGAUCUGAAGGUGGCGGCCAAAUACUUCGGAACGAAGUUCGCGUGUGGGUCUUCGGUAACCGGCGAUGACGAGAUCGUUAUCCAGGGAGACGUUAAGGACGACCUGUUCGAUGUUAUCCCGGAGAAAUGGCCCGAAGUCGAUGAAGAUUUUAUCGAAGAUCUGGGCGAUCAAAAGCGAUAGACUCAUACCAAUUUUGGAGGGCCUAUGUAAACUUCGGAAGAUACACACAAUCGGGAUUUCCUUGCGUAGCGAUAUUCUAUUUUAAACCAAGUCUCUUAUAUUUAAUAUUCAAUAUCCGUUCUUAAUGUAAGAAGAAAACAAAAUAAGAAAUGCUUGUCAACCAGCGAA